AUGCAGUCGGUAAGAAAUCACCGACUCGGGGCAGUCUCGGUGCCCGGCCCCCGCGCCAGGGCGGGGCUGGGCGCGCGGAGGGGCGGGGCCGGGCCGGGCCGGCUCCUCCCCCCGACGGGCACACCUGGCGCGCAGGUAGCCGCGUCCCCGUUUGCUCUCCAGCCGGAAGCUGCGUGGCCGUCGCCUCGGGACUGGGUUGCGCUGGGGGCGGCGCCUGCUCCGGGCUUCAUGGAGCCGGGCCCGGGGCCCGCGGCGGGAGAGGGUCGCCCGGGGUCCCCGUUCCGCCGCCGCUUCCUGGGCCGCCUGUGGAGCAGCUUCCGCCCCGCGCGCAGCCGCCGCCCCGCCCGCGCCCCGGGAUCUGCUCCGGCCACCCCCGGGGACGGAGGGGACAGCCGGGCCCGCGCCUUGCGCUCAGCGUCCCCGGGGGACGGAGGGGACAGCCGGGCCCGCAUCUUGCGCUCAGCGUCCCCGGGCGAUGGAGGGGACAGCCGGGCCCGCGCCUUGCGCUCAGCGUCCCCAGCGGACGGAGGGGACAGCCGGGCCCGCGCCUUGCGCUCAGCGUCCCCAGCGGACGGAGGGGACAGCCGGGCCCGCGCCUUGCGCUCAGCGUCCCCAGCGGACGGAGGGGACAGCCGGGCCCGCAUCUUGCGCUCAGCGUCCCCGGGCGACGGAGGGGACAGCCGGGCCCGCGCCUUGCGCUCAGCGUCCCCGGGCGACGGAGGGGACAGCCGGGCCCGCAUCUUGCGCCCAGCGUCCCCGGGCGACGGAGGGGACAGCCGGGCCCGCGCCCCGCGCUCAGCGUUCCCCGGGGACGGAGGGGACAGCCGGGCCCGCGCCUUGCGCUCAGCGUCCCCGGGGGACGGAGGGGACGGCGCCGCCCGCGUCCCGGGCGCUGCGGAGCGGCCCCCCGGCGCGCAGGGCCUGAAGAACCACGGCAACACCUGCUUCAUGAACGCCGUGGUGCAGUGCCUCAGCAACACCGACCUGCUGGCCGAGUUCCUGGCCCUGGGGCGUUACCGGGCGGCCCCAGGCCGCGCCGAGGUCACCGGGCAGCUGGCGGCGCUCGUGCGCGCGCUCUGGACGCGGCAGUACCGGCCGCAGCUCUCCGCCGCCUUCAAGAAUGCUGUUUCUAAGUAUGGUUCCCAGUUCCAAGGCAAUUACCAGCAUGAUGCCCUGGAAUUCUUGCUCUGGUUACUGGAUCGUGUGCAUAAGGACUUGGAAAACUCACCACAAGGGCCAAGGACCCAGAAGCUUCAUCGCAAAGCUAGUAAAACUUCUGAGAACUGUGUGUCACCAUCUACUCAGCUUUCUUUAGGCCAAAGCUUUGUACAAAGCCACUUUCAAGCACAAUAUAGAUCUUCCUUGACCUGUCCCCACUGCUUGAAGCAGAGCAACACCUUUGAUCCUUUCUUGUGUGUGUCACUCCCCAUCCCCCUGCGCCAGACGAGAUUCUUGAGUAUCACCUUGGUGUUUCCUUCUAAGAGCCAGAAGUUCCUGCGGGUUGGCCUGGCUGUGCCCAUCCUCAGCACAGUGGCGGCCUUGAGGAGGAUGGUCGCAGAGGAAGGCGGAGUCCCUGCUCAUGAGGUAAUCUUGGUUGAACUGUGUUCCACUGGACUCCAGAGAUCUUUCUUUGAUGAGGAUGACCUGAAUACUAUUUCUGAAGGAGAUAGUGUGUAUGCUUUCCAGACCUCUCUACCACCUGUCCAGGAGAUAACUUCAGUUCAGCCAUCUAGUCUACCUCUCUCCCCGUGUAUGGUCACCUGUGAAGGUCAGCAGUUGUCCAUGCCUACCUAUAGCAAGAAUAAGGUGCUCAUCCUCUUCUGUAACCUGGUGGGGUCAGGGCAACUGGCUACCAGAUUCGGUCCACCUUUCCUGAUAAGGGAAGACAGAGCCAUCUCUUGGGCCCAGCUCCAACAGCGCAUUCUUAGCAAGGUCCAUCCUCUCAUGAAGAGUAAGGCCUCUGUACAGAACCUAGGGUCACUGUUCUCCAUUCGGGUUGUGGGCCUCUCCGUGCCUUGUAGCUACUUGUCUCCACAGGAUAAACGACCACUCUAUCACUGGGCAGUUGACAGAGUUCUGCACCUCAGGAAGCCAGGAGGCCCUCCACACAUCAAGCUGGCUGUGGAGUGGGAUAGCUGGGCUAAGGAGUGCCUGUUCGGGAAUCUCCAGCAGGAGAAGGUCCAGGACGCAGACAGUGUGUGGCGGCAGCAGCGGGCACAUCAGCAGCACAGCUGUACCUUGGACGAGUGUUUUCACUUGUACACCAAAGAGGAACAGCUGGCCCAAGAUGAUGCAUGGAAGUGCCCCCAUUGCAAAGUCCUGCAGCAGGGUGUGAUGAAGUUGAGUCUCUGGACCCUUCCUGACAUCCUAAUCAUCCACCUGAAGCGAUUCUGUCAAGUGAGAGAGAGAAGAAACAAGCUCUCCACACUGGUGAAAUUUCCACUCUCUGGUCUCAACAUGGCACCUCACAUGGCCAAGAGAAGUGCUAGUGCCAAGUCUGUGCUAGGCCCUUUGCCUUCUUGGAAACAACCAGUAUGCCUACCCACCAGUUGCCCGCUGGACUUCCUGUAUGAUUUAUAUGCUGUCUGUAACCACCAUGGUAGUCUACAAAGUGGACAUUACACAGCUUAUUGUCGGAACUCUUUGGAUGGCCAGUGGUACAAUUAUGAUGACACCAUAGUGGAAAAACUUAGAGAAGAUGAAGUCAAUACCCAGGGGGCCUACAUCCUCUUCUAUCAGAAACGGAACAGCAUCCCUCCCUGGUCUGCCAGCAGUUCAAUGAAAGGUUCCACCUGCUCCUCCUUCUCUGAGCACUGGCUACUGAGGCUUGGGGGCAAUGACAACGGCACCAAGGAAAGCCUGCUACCAUGGAGCUCACCCCCUGGGUCCCCCCAGCCCCCUGGACCUGAGUCGCCCCUCCUUACAAACCACCUCUCCAGUCAUAAAAUGGAAGGAUUGGAAUCCAGACUCCGGGAGAAACGCACAGGAGGCCGAAGUAUGAGCAUGAAGGCGCUCACCUCUUCCCAAGGCAAGCAGAAGACCUUUAAGACCUUGCCCUCCAGGUGGUCUUUUGGACCCAAGGAGAAGCUACCUGGUGCAUCUGUUGAGUUGGUGGAAUAUUUGGAGACCAGGGGGAGACCUCAAUGUACGAGCCAGUCCAUUGUCUCAUUGUUGGCUGGCACUGCAGGUGAGAAUGAGAAAUCAACAGUGCCCAGGUCAAACACCUCUGCCUUUGCCAAGGAUGAAGAUGGUGAACUAAUCAACCAAUGUUUGCUGGCCACAGCUCCCCACCUCCUGGGCCAUCCUAGCCACUGUGCCAGAGACACAGGUCAUCUACACACAGCAAGGAAACACAAGGAAAACUCAAGGCCGGAUAUCAGACUUCCAAAACAGUUUGACCUGCCCCUCAUGGUGAUGCCCUCUGUAGAGCAUGAGAAGCAUUCGUGUCUAGAAGACCAGAAGACUAGAAGCUGUCAGGGAAGCCACAGCACAGCAUCCUCUGCCAAGGGAGACCUGCCGUCUGUGGAAUUACCUAGAAAAGGUGCAUGCAAUCACCGAAAUCCCUUCACCAAGAUGAGGACUAAAACAGAAGGAAAGGUUUGGGAGACAGACAGAUUCCCCCAGGGGACGUUCACCUUUCUAAAGUCUGUUUUUUGGAAGAAGGAAAACAAGAAGAAUGACCAGGUAGAAGUAGCUCCCCAGGUACCUCCAGCCUCUCUCAUAAGUGGGAGACUGACUCUGGCUGACAGUUCAUCCGCUUCACUCAGUCCAGCCAGGGGACAUGGCACACACCUAGAGAGGGAUAUCCAUUCAGCUCCCGCCUCUCUCCGCCUUGCACGCAAAGUUAGCAGGCCAAUAAGGGGCAAUGCUCUUGGUGCGUCACAAAGGAGUGUUUCAGGGGAGCAGACCUCUUCCAGCACCUUGCAAAAGGUGAAAUAUCGCACUCUUUUUUUAGGUCAAAAGAAAAUAUUACCAGAGUCCAGCUUUUAAUAAGUUC